GAACGAAGGUCGAGCAAGAAAUAUCGAUGGUUGCCGAGGAAAGACAUGGGAGGUAGAGAAAGUCGCUGCAACUGGAGGGGGCUCCCCUUCACCUUUACCCUGGGCUUCCUCUUCGCGUUAGCCCCGCCGAUCGCCCAGAGCCGGACUCUCCGCUUCGUGACUUUGUUGUAUCGGCAUGGAGAUCGCUCCCCCGUGAAGACAUAUCCCCGAGAUCCCUACCAGGAAAGCGCCUGGCCCCAAGGAUUUGGACAGUUGUCUCAGAUUAUGAUCAAGACUUUUUUUCUUACUAUAGGAGUUCUUUUGUCUCAAAUAAGGAAGAAUCUUACCUUAGCUACAAAAGACUCAGCACCUCACCAUGUCAAAAUGCUUAUGUACUCAGCGCAUGACACCACUCUUGCGGCACUGCAGACAGCUCUGAAUGUUUACAAUGGGAAGCAACCGCCCUAUGCUUCAUGUCAUAUAUUUGAACUGUACCAAGAAGAUGAUGGUAAUUUUACAGUGGAGAUGUUCUUUCGGAAUGAGUCUCAUAAGGAGCCUUAUGUAUUGCUGCUUCCCGACUGUAAACAGCGCUGUCCCCUGCAACAAUUCCUGCAACUUACAGAGCCGGUUAUUUCACAGGACUGGAAACAGGAAUGUCAGAUAAUAAGCACAUGGAACAACACAGAACUUAUUGUGACUUUGGCUGUCAGUGGAUCUCUCCUCUUCUUACUUAUUGUUCUGCUCAUGACAGUACUCAUCCGUGUGAAGUCCCAGCCUCUUGGCUAUAGCCAUAUUUCCAAUGAAGGAGAGGAACAGCCUUGACAAUUGCUUCAGCCCCUCCUGAGACAGCAAGAGGAAACAGAGCUGAUCUUUGGGACAAAUGGGGCCACAUUCAAUGACUAAAUAUCUUACUGAUUUUGAUUUUUGAAGCACAAGAGUUGACAGUGGAGCUGCUGCAACUAGCAGAUGCAUUCUAUCUAGCACAGCAUAAUGCAGUUAGUUUCUAGGAGUAAAGUGCCAACAUGGUCUUAGAUUGCUAUUUCUCAGUGCAUGACUAGUUCAACAAGGUUAGGCUUUUCUUUCUCUGAACUCAAUAUCCUGUCUUAAUGGUAUAAAAAUGGUACAGGAAAGUGGCUCACUGCUCCUUAAAAAGCCUUCAGUCUAGUAGCUGCCACUUGUACCUGCCUUCUACACUGUGACAAUGGUAUGAUGCUAAACCAGCAAUAACCAAUCUACCGAGUAAUUCAGAAAAAAUCAUGGUUUCUAUCGUAGAAAACAGCCAUAGGAAGAAAUCUUAAAUUUAUUCGACAUAAUGGGAUUCACUUCCAAGUCAACACACACAGAAUUGUGCAAUAGGUACUUUACUCAGUCUUUAGAUACUCAAAAGAUAGGACAAGUGAUAUUAGAGUCCUCCCUGCCCUCUGUAACAGAAAAGGGUUAAUCAAAUGUAGGCAUUCAAGCCAUUAUUUACAUACCUAUGAUACAUCAUGCUCAGUAUUCUGGACAAGAGGAACGUUAAAAGAACAUGUGCUUUAGGACACAUGCUCAAACAUUCAAAGGUCUUAUUCAAAUAUCUGUGGUAGAAAUAUGUAUGUCUCUGGUUUUACAUUCCUAAACUUCAUUUUGAAACAUGCUGCUGAAGUUAAAGACCAGAUAACUUUUAACUUAGCAGGUUCUAUUGUUAUGUAAUAUACAGGGUCAUAUAUAUUUGGGAGAUCAGCAGCUCCCAAAUCUUCCCUAGUCCCCAUUCCAUUCCACUGCUGCUGGUGCCACACAUUUUCUCUUGGCUCUUGCGUAAACCCUUUAACUUUUGCCCCCUUUUUUUUUACUCUUUGACCUUCACUGAUUGCGCUUCACCUCAAAUUGUAAAUUCCUUCUUUACACAAUGCAAUGCAACAUAGAUGUCUUUCUUAUUCCACUCCAUGAAGAGAAAAUUACUACACGUACUACCUCAUCAAAAAUAUUUUAUAUGGCAUAUAAAAAUCACAAGCCUAUAAUUUCAAAUAUUCACAAGACAUAGCCAAUUUCUUAACUUUAAUCAAAAUAUUCGUUCACAUUUUAGAGAAAAUAGUACUUUCCUUAGAUCUGAAUUCUAUAGGAUCCGAAGUGCUCCUGAAGAUGUGCAAU